AUGGGUAGAGAAAUUGUUCAACAAGAAUCACCACAAGAACCUGACAGACGCAGUAGGGUGUGGUUUCAUGAAGAUGAAGAAAAUACGGUAGAUUUGCCUCAGCAAGACUUGAUCGACUUCUCUUCACAAUCUUUGUCAUCAAUUUUUCGAGAAAAGAAAGUCGUUGCUUUUGAGAUGCAGAGGGAUUAUUUCAACAACAUGAGAAGUAUGGAGUUCUCUGAUUGUAAAUUCCUGAAAAAAAUUCCUGAUAUGUCGAACAUCCCAAAUUUAAAGGAAUUGACUAUUGAGAACUGUACAAAUUUAGUGGAGGUUCAUCCUUCUAUUGGGUUCCUUGAUAAGCUUGUUUCUUUAACAAUUUCCCGAUGCUCCAAACUCAAGAGUUUGCCAAGAACUUUCAAGUUGAGAUCUUUAAAAUUUCUUGUCCUCGAAGGUUGCUCAAGGCUUCAAAACUUUCCGAAAAUUGGGUGUAUAAUGGAAAGUUUAAGAUACAUUAACUUACGGCACACUGCCGUAAAAGAACUACCUUCAUCCAUAGAAUACCUCACUGGGCUUACAGAUUUAAAUUUAGAAGGCUGCGAAAAUCUUAUGAAUCUUCCAAGUACAAUUAAUCUAUUGCAACAUCUAAAGAUUCUUGUAUUGGAGGAUUGCAAGAAACUUGAAGAAAUUCUAGAACUUCCGCCAGAUAUAGAAGUGGUGAAUGCAGCGGGGUGCAUCUCAUUGGAAAGAUUUCCAGAAGUAUCAAAAAGAUUUGACGGCAAUACAUGUGACUUGCCAGGGCUUGUUUACGUUGACUUGUCCAGAUGCCAUAAACUGCUCGAGAAUAUGGAGAAUGAUGUGGAAAAGUUUUUAUCUGUUAAGGGAAAUCUUGAGGACUAUAUAUGUAGCAUUAUAUUUCCGGGAAAUAAGAUUCCAAGCUGGUUCGACCAUCAAAACCAUACUUCAAACAGUGAUAUAUGUGAAAUAGAUAUUACUGAGGCUUCAAAUUUGGAUGGGGAGAUCAUUGGAAUGGCUCUCGGUGCUGUUAUUGGAAUAAAGGAUGAACCUCAAAUAUUACCCCUUCGUAUUCUUUGUGAUGUUGAGAUCACCAAUGGAUUGUCAAGGCAUUAUGAAUUUCGUUUGUCAGGCUCAGAUCAUUUAUGGCUCCGGUACCACAUUCCAAAAUUUGAUGAGCUAAAAGGAGACAAUGUGCGAGUUAAGUUCCACAUUUCGGACUCCAAGGGUUUGGCAUUCUUCAAAAGUUGCGGAGUCCAUCUGGUACGUAGGCAUGGAGAGAGAGCGAUAGAUCAAAUGCAGCUGAAUCCUCAGGUUCAAGGUGUGCCCCUUGAGGAUGUUGACGUCCAUUUGGAUGUACCCGAUGAAGCUUGGAGGGCCCGGGCGGGAAUCGGCCGGGCUUCUUCAACUCCUGUUGCAUCGGAGGCUGAACUGGUUAUGAUUCUGUCGGACGAGGAAGGUGGAGACGACGCACGUGUGUCCUCGCAAGGAGCUGCGCGGAGGGUGCCUGCUAAGUCGACCUCACAAGCAGGCCCAUCAAGGCAGGCUGAAGCAGGGGGGUCUUCAUUCUUUGAGCUGAGGCAGACGCUGGCGGCAACCCAAAGUCCGCUGGACACAUCCCUUGCAGAGCUUGAGUCCAUUCAGGGGCGAUUAAAACACUCUGAAGUAGUUCUCGAGUCUGAGAAGUCCAACGCCUUCCGUCUUGGCAUGGAGAAUAUGGAGAAUGAUGUGGAAAAGUUUUUAUUGGUUGAGGGAAAUCUUGAGGACUAUAUAUGUAGCGUUAUAUUUCUGGGAAAUAAGAUUUCAAAUUGGUUCAGCCAUCAAAAACAUACUUCAAACACUGAUAUAUGUGAAAUAGAUAUUACUCAGACUUCGUGUUCGGAUGGGGAGAUCACAGGAAUGGCUCUCGGUGCUAUUAUUGGAUUAAAGGAUCAAUCUCAAAUACCCCUUCCUAUUAUUUGUACUGUUCAGAUCAUCAAUGGAUAUUCAAGGCAUUUUGAAACCAAAGAAUUCCAUUUGUCAGGCUCAAAUCAUUUAUGGCUCAGGUACCACAUUCCAAAAUUUGAUGAUCUAAAGGGGGACAAUGUGCGAGUUAAAUUCCAAAUUUGGGACUCCACGGGUUUGGCGUUCUUCAAAAGUUGCGGAGUCCAUUUGGUACGCAGGUAUGAAGAGAAAGCUAUAGAUCAAAUGUUGAAUGCACCCAAUGAAGCUGUUGAGAAUUCAGUAGAUUUAAUGAAUGGUAUUCAACUUACCAAGAGACGCCGUGAGGGCCACAAUUAUGAUGAUCACUUGGAAAACAAUUACUGCCCACCUCAAAAGAGGCACUGUGGAGCCGUUGGCAUGGGAAUAUCAGGGACAGACAAUAUCCAAGAGCAUCAGUCAACUUCACUCAAUCCAAAGGGAAAAAUCUUGACAAAAGACAAGGUUAGCGUAAAGGGUCCUCGACUUCGCUCGAGCUUGCAUGGCUGUCUUGGGGUUGGGUUUGGGAUAGGUCUCAGGUUCAAAAUGUACCGACCAAGAAGGAGAAAAAUACAAGAAGUAAUAAGCAACUCUGAUGACCACUCGGAAAACAAGUAUUGCCCACGUCGGAAGAGGCACUGUGGAGCCCUGGGCAUUACAUUAUCGGGGACAGACAAUAUCCAAGAGCAUCAGUCAACUUCACUCAAUCCUCGAUUAAUCUCAAAAGGGAAAAAUCUUAACCAAAGACAAAGAUCGGGUAAAAGCUCCUCCACUUGUCUCGAGCUUCCAUGGUUGCCGCGGGGUUAGUGUUGGGGUUGGGAUUGGUCUCAGGCUCAAAAUGUACCGACCAAGAAGGAGAACAGAACGAAAAGGAAUGAAGCCCAAGAUCUGAGAAAUCCUCUAGUGGAGUUCAUGGGGAUUAGAAAAGAUGUUCUUGUGGUUCUUUGUUGAAAUCCAAUAAUUUGUUUGUCACUUGUCUUCAGACAUCAGUCCAAGAGUCUUCUCGAAGCAGCGGGACGUGGCUAGUUUUUCUGCACUUGUUAGUUGCAGUGUGAGUGUC